AUGGAUGGUGAAGAUGACAGCUUGUGGAAUCCACACGUUCGAGAGUCCGAAGAGGAAAUGGCUGCUCGAAUGGUUCUUUUUAUAAAAUGGCUAUGGACAAGGCCAGAGCAAGAGAUUGUGAUUGUGAGUCAUGGCAUAAUGCUUCAACAUAUACUAAAUGUACUUGAAAACGACUGUCAUCCUACAGUUAGAACAGAUUUAUGCAAACGCUUCGGCAAUUGUGAGCUCCGUUCCGUGCUCAUUGUCGACAAAAGCUUGAAGGUAGCGGAUUCACAGCUUUGCUCACCAAGAAAUGCUGCAAAAGAGAAUGUGUUAAGAGAGGAAGUUUCCGUCUGAUUCGACUCAAGUUACUUUGAGAACUCACUGUUGAACUUGAACUCUCCAGGAUCUUUAAUCUGCUUUGUCAAAAAUUGAAUUAUUUUCAUUGUCAAUUGUCUUAAAGCUAGUUUGACCCAUAGAAAGUCUAUUUCUAUUGUAAUUGGAUUGGAAUGAUUCCACUAGGAUGUUGUAAUAAGAAAUGAAUAUUAUUUUAUC